AUGAUACCGCUUAUACUGGUCGUCUUACUUGUGGCAUUGUCAGUAAAUGGGCAUGAGGAGGACGAUCAUGAUAUUCUUUCUGCACAUGGUGGUGUCUUCCGCGAUUUACAUUGGACCAACGACGAACUCGCUGAGAUCUCAAAACUACACACUACCGCUUCUCAUCACGAACUCAUGAAGCUUGUCGCGCGGAAAUUAAUGGACUCGGAUAUUGACGACGCUUCCAGGCGGAGAAUCGAGAAGUUCAUGAAGUUGAAGCGGCCGCCGAAGUUCCUCGAAACGUUCCUCAGUGACACGGAUAGGAAUUUUCAUACAGUCUUUUGUAAGACCUCAGAUAAAGAAAUGGUAGUUGAUUAA